GGCGGAGGGCGAGGAGGCGGGUUCCGCACGCGGUUGGCCUGAGGCUGAUCCAGUCUUCAGCUCUCGCGGGCUGGGAGUCCGGGGCAGCGGCAGAGGCCACACCCAGGGCUGGCUGGUCCCGCGCUUUCCGGAGCUCAGCAGGCGCUUGCUGCUUGAACUGGCCAAAGAAGGAACGAAUGAAUGACCCUUUUGCCAGGAUGGAGACCCGAGGGCCUCAGGGAGCUGCGAAUCCCAUGGACUCCUCCCGCAGCCUGGGGGACCUCGGGUCUUUUCCGCGCGAGGUGGGGCGCGGGGCCCCGCUGGCUCCGGGCGCCCGGAAUCCCGCGACGGCGGGGGCGAGCCGAAGCCAGGGCGGCGGCCACGAGGACAGAUCGGCAAGUCGGGCCCUCGGACCUUGGGCCGGAGAGGAAUUGGACCGUGAGUCCUGGGUCAGAGAGAAAGUACUCUUUCUCCUGCACCCAGAGAGGUGGUUAGGGACUCAAGGGGACCCUGAACGGGAAAAGGUGGCCGGUGCAAAGGACCUUCCUCACGCGGCGGGUGGAGAGGACCACGGCGAGGAGCCCAAAUAUCCUUCUGUCUCUCAACGAGAAAAGCGAAUUUCUGGCAGGCGUGUAGCCCCGCCGCGGGACCCAGCAGACCCACCCAAAUACGUGCUUGUGCGGGUGGAGGAUUAUCAGCUAACACAAGAAGUGUUGCAGACCUCGUGGGCCAAGGGUCGCAUGACCACCAGGACUGAGGAGCACUCCGUGACCGCGCUCACUUUUCGCAGCAGUAGAGAGGGACAGCCUGGGGGACACCGGGCCCCUGCUGAAUCCCGGAAUCUCCAGGAACGAACAGGGGCACCCCGCGUUCACGCCGCGGAGAGGAGAGUUUCACCGUCUCCAGGGACCUUGCUCGAGGAGAUUAAACUCUAAAGAGUAACCCGAGAAAUGUUCCGGGAUGGUGGAUGAGCGAUCAUCCUUAAAAGAAAAUGCUAUUCUGGGAACUCCAACCAGCAAUUAACCUGCAGAAGGAACCUUUUGAGAAGCUGGCGCAGAGCUUCAGGCAGGCAGAUUAAGAACUUUCUUCAUUAAUGAGACCUGUAGUCAAGAAUGGAUUGAAAAUACCGAUCUCCUGGUGUAGUUAAAAAAAUCUCUUCUGGUAUUGCUGAAACAACUAAUUUUUCUUAUUUUGUUUAUUCUUCUUUAUUAUUAAAUACCAUCUGAAUUAACUCUUUAGUAGUUGGCCUGGUUGAAGCUCUGCAAGGAGCAAAGCAGCCCUCUCCAGGUGAACUACUUCACUUUACCACCUGAAGGAGUAUUUACUGCAAGAAUUAACAAAGCAGAUGUUCCUGAUCCAAGCAGAACCCUGUUAUUUGAAGAGCCUGAGAAAUCUUAUCCCAUUUAGAAGUGUCCUGGGAGUGCAUCCAAAGUGAAACUUGGGCAUCCUCAAUACUAAGAAAUCUCUGAGAAUGGCUGGGUCUUGGCUCUUUGAUCUUACCUCUACUCCACUGAAAAAUACGGUUAUCUAAAAUUGUGUUAGGUGGAUGAACCGCAUCAAAGACUUCCAGAAGCCACUCCAGUGACCAUAAGACAAAUGUCAGAAUCGCAUAACCACCAGGAUCAGGCAAGUGUCAUCCUCUCUUAAAAAUAUUUGUUUACAACCGCGAUCUCCUUUUGGGAAUCAUUACAUUUGACUUGCUGCUUAUUUUUGUUGGACGUUUCCAGUGCUUGGCGAUAAAACUUGAUGUGGCUCUUUGCUUUG